AUGCGCCAAAAUAAUCAUGGAGGGCCAAAACUGCCCCGCGACCUCCUUGACCAGCUUGGGGCCUCUGGCGCUUCUCAAGGCAAUGGUCGUGCUCGCGGACGGGUUCUAGGUCGCAAAGACCGCCGCAAGGCCGAGCGCGAGCAGAAAAGGUCGCAUCGCUCACAGCCCCGGAAAUUCCAGCAGCGCACUGCUCCGCAGGACGAUUUCGAGAGCGACGACGAAGAUGCGGUUUCUCCUCCGCCCGCGAAACCGGAAAAGCCGUUGAAGUCUGCGCCCAAGCGCGCCGAUGUGCCCGCAGAAACCGCGCCGAAGAAAAGCGCCGCCAAGGACAAAGAGGCCAAGGAGAAGGCGAAGGAGUCCAAGAAGAAGGAAAAGAGGAAGCGGACCCCGUCUCCGUCGCCGCCACCGGCGGUACCGAAAAAGGUACAGGCGCGGCUUGACGACGACGACGCGGAGAUUGCGGCGCUGGAGAAGAAGCUGGGCAUGAAGGACAAGAAGAAGUUGCCAAAGGCCUUCGACGAAGAUGGCCUGGCGGACCUUCUGGACGGCCUGGAUGAUGAACUCGACUUCGCUGUGACAGGAAAGCGGAAACGGUCGUCGGAGGAUCAGGCGUGGCUGGACAGCAAGCGGCGGAAAGCUACGGGUCUGACGGCGGAGGAGAGCUUCAGCGAAGACGAUAGUGAGGAGGGGGAAGAAGGCUGGGAGGAUGACGAGUCCUUGGGAUCUGAUGGCGAGGAAGACGACGAAGAGCUGGAACAGUCGGACGGGGAAGAGGAGGUAGAAGGUGCAGACGAUGGCUUUGGUGGCUUCUCAGAAGAUGAGGAUGCGGAGGGUUUCGAGGAUGAUUUGGAUGGGCUCGAGGAAGAUGACUUCGAUGAAGAUGAGUCCGAGCAGGAAGUGGAGCAGCCAAGGGUUCGAGAAAACCCGUAUAAGCCUCCCGUGUCCGCAGACGCAGCGCCGGCCGGAAAGUACAUCCCACCUUCAUUACGGGGCCCGCCAUCCUCCGAUGCAGAGGCCAUGACAAGAUUAAAACGGCAGACGCAAGGUCUUCUCAAUCGUCUAUCCGAAGCAAACCUCCUUUCCAUUCUCAAGGACAUUGAGAAGCUGUACCAAACCAACCCACGCCAAUACGUCACAACAACUCUUAUAGACCUCCUCCUCGGGCUUGCAUGCGAUCCAUCAAGCCUUCAGGAUACCUUUUUGAUCCUUCACGCUGGUUUCAUAGCAGCAGUCUACAAGGUCGUGGGCAUGGACUUUGGAGCACAGAUUGUCGAACGCUUCGCUACGGAAUUCGACAAGUUCUACGGCAGCUACAACGAUGGCUCGAGCGGGAAAGAGACCACCAACUUGAUCUCGCUGUUGGCACAAAUGUACAACUUCCAGGUCGUCGGCUGCAAUCUUGUCUUUGACUAUAUUCGGAUUUUCCUGGAGGAGCUCAAAGAGAUCAAUACCGAGCUGCUGCUCCGCAUUGUUCGAAUGUCCGGCCCUCAGCUGCGGCAGGACGAUCCGACAGCCUUGAAGGAUAUCGUCGCUCUCCUCCAGAAGUCGGUCGUGAAGGCUGGCGAGGCGCUAUCAGUUCGGACAAAAUUCAUGAUGGAGACCAUCCAGAACCUCAAGAACAACCGGAUGAAGACGGGCGUGGCUGCGUCGGCCAUCACCUCGGAGCAUACGACUCGCAUGAAGAAGACACUUGGUUCUCUGAACUCGAGAUCGAUCAAGGCAAGCGAGCCUCUGCGUAUUGGUCUCAAGGAUCUGCAGGAUACGGAGAAGAAAGGAAAAUGGUGGCUUGUUGGUGCAAGCUGGCGAAACGACAUGGCAGACGAGCCAGCGGCGCAAGAGAAAACGUUGAAGACUACGAAGGGCAAGGAGGUAACGGCCGAGGAAUUCAUCGUGAGCGGCACUACCGAUUUGCUGCAGCUGGCAAAGGAGCAGCGCAUGAAUACGGACAUUCGGCGUUCCAUUUUCAUUAGCAUUAUGUCUGCGUCUGAUUUCAAGGACGCACAUUUGCGGCUGAUGAAGCUUCGGCUGAAGAAAACCCAGGAGCUCGAGAUCCCACGGGUGCUUAUCCGUUGCGCAGGUGCCGAGCAAAGCUACAAUCCGUACUACACAUUGAUUGCCAAGCGCUUGUGCUCGGACAAGCCGCUGAAAAAGGCGUUCCAGUUCAGCCUCUGGGACCUCUUCAAGCGCAUGGGCGAGAAGGACGAAAUGGAUGAUGCGGACUUUGACGAAGAAGAUGGGGAAGAGGGUCUAACAACGCGUUCGAUUGUCAAUCUGGCAAAGAUGUUCGGCACGUUGAUCGCGGAGGGCGGGCUCUCCAUUGCUGUGCUCAAGACGCUCAAUUUCGGCUUCCUUCAACCAAAGACUGAGGCUUUUGUCGAAGUGCUGUUGUCGACGGCAAUUCUGCGGUCUCAGAAGAAGACGGCAGAUCAACGGAACGAAGAGGCGCUGCUAGACGUGGUCAUGCUGGCAAAGGACGCGCCCCAAAUGGCACGGGGCCUGCAGUACUUCUUCAAGAAAGUGGUGCGGCGGGCAGAGGCGGCGGGGAGCAAGUCGGAGCGGGAGACGGUGCGCUGGGGCGCAAGCGUGGCGGCGGACGGGCUCACGGUGCUGGCGACGCAGCGCAUUGCAGCGGAAUAG